AUGAGGCGAGACGACCACAAGUAUUGUGUUUCCGUCGGCUCAAUCUCCCUUGUUGUUGACGAUGACCAUGAUCAAGACAGAACAAGACCUCACUCCCAAGUCUCCUCAGCGUGCAUUGCCUUCGAUGCCAAACCUUUCCUGGCCACCUUACUCACACAAUAUGUCUACCAGGAACGCAUUCGUCAAUCGGUGGCUGAACAAUUUGCAGUCUGUCCUACUCAACACCUCGGUCAAGUCCAGACAAAAUCAUUCCAGCUGUUGAUGUCCCUAACAUAUCCAAUCUUGAAUCCAGGAACACGAGUAUCUGACAGCACAACGCCCGGCCCUCCAGACCUCUUGAUUGUCCGCAACCUGCCCGAGGACUCGAUGGGAUUCUCGAACACACGAGACUGUCAGCCGUGCGGACACAAGGCCAUUGCUUCCCCUUCGAGAGAAGGACCACAACCGAAUUGGACACUGGGAAAGAGAAGAGCCCAGCUCGUGACCAGAUAUGCCGCCAGACGCCGACUGCCUGCUUGUAAGCGGAAGAGAUGCACCAGCGCUAUGCCCUGUUCUUCCUCCAACGGAGCGUGGCAAGAGCAGCAACGACACAGGGCACCUCUUGUUUGGGUAUAA